ACCCGGAGAAGACGCACGUAGGAGAACAUGCAACAACUCUACACAGGCGAGGCCGGAUUUGAACCCGGGUCCUCAGAACUGUGAGGCAGAUGUGCUAACCAGUCGAUCACCGUGCUGCCCUCAGCGAAUGUCGAUUAAUUAAAUUUGUUAGCAAAUUGAUUAUUAUUUAAGUGUACUUUUUGUGACAUUUUGUUUUGGUGGUUUUUCGUUGUAUCUAUGUGCCUUGGCUUAAUCAAGGUUGGGAAACUAUGGACUGAAAGACAAGAUCCUGUAGGUGGACAUUUUCUCUGCGCUGGCAAGACAAUGUGCCAAUUCUAAUGGAGGACCAGACCACAUAUUUUCAGCUCAAGGGUGGGAAAGACACAUCUCGUAACACCGGGAGUGCUGUCUGCAGCAAAAGAAAGCUUAAGAAAUGCUUUUGACACUGUGAAGCCGCAUAGACCGAUUAGACAAGCACGGUUGUGUUAGUUUCAGGUGGCAGGUGGAGACUGCAGCAUGUCCAUCCAGUCUGAGAGGCACCCACAGACGCUGAGAGGAGGGAGGUGGCACCAGAAGGAGUGGAAUCUUAAACGGCACCAAGUGGAGUGGAUGAGUCCACGCUGUCUGCUGGUGAAGAGAAAGUGGCUUGCGGAUUCAACAGGAUGCAUCUGUUUGUAGAAGCCAUUCAGGAGGCUGUGAGGACGCUACCUUAUUUUGUGGAGAAUGCUAUGUUGACCCAUAGUGAGAUGCAGCGCAUCCUGAGUGAGAGCUUCUUUAUGGUGAAGGGUGCUGCGCUCUUCCUACAGCAAGGGAGCUCCCAGCAGGGCCAAAAAGUGCAUCCUCACCACAAACAUGCAGGGGACUUACCGCAACACCUACAGGUGAUGAUAAAUAUUCUUCGCUCAGAGGACCGGAUCAAACUGGCCGUGCGGCUGGAGAGUGCAUGGUUAGAUCGUGUGCGAUACAUGGUAGUCGUGUACACCAGUGGACGGCAGGACACAGAGGAGAACAUCCUACUGGGAAUCGACUUUACUAACAAAGACUGCAAAAGCUGUUCGAUCGGCAUGGUGCUGCCUCUGUGGAGUGACAGUAAAAUCCAUCUGGAUGGAGAUGGGGGCUUUACUGUGAACACUGCAGGGCGUACACAUGUCUUCAAACCUGUGUCAGUGCAGGCUAUGUGGUCAGCUCUUCAGGUGCUCCACAAAGCUUGCGAGGUGUCCCGCAGAUACAACUAUUUCCCCGGGGGUAUGGCUCUCACUUGGAUGGGUUACUAUGAAAGCUGCAUUGCUUCAGAGCAAAGUUGCAUCAAUGAAUGGAACACAAUGAAGGACUUGGAAUCCACACGUCCAGACUCGCCCACUAUGUUUGUCGACAAGCCUUCGGAGAGAGAGAGGACCGAGUGCCUUAUCAGAGCCAAACUCCGAAGCAUCAUGACAUGCCAGGAUCUUGAGAAUGUCACAUGCAAACAGAUCCGCACUGAGUUGGAGCAGCACAUGAGCUGCAACCUGAAGGAAUUCAAAGAGUUCAUCGACAAUGAGAUGCUGUUGAUUUUGGGCCAGAUGGACAAAGCUACACUCAUCUUUGACCAUGUCUACCUGGGCUCUGAGUGGAAUGCAUCAAAUUUGGAAGAACUGCAAGAGACGGGGGUGGGAUAUAUCCUCAAUGUUACCAGAGAGAUAGACAACUUUUUUCCAGGCACAUUCAGUUAUCACAACAUACGUGUGUACGACGAAGAGGCCACUGACCUGCUGGCUCACUGGAACGAUACGUACAACUUCAUUGUUAAAGCGAAAAAGAACUACUCCAAGUGUCUUGUUCAUUGCAAGAUGGGUGUCAGCCGAUCUGCCUCCACAGUCAUUGCGUACGCCAUGAAAGAGUACGGGUGGUCGCUAGAGAAGGCGUACAACUUUGUCAAGGAAAAGAGGAGCAUCACACGACCGAACCCAAGUUUCAUGAGACAGCUGGCAGAGUACGAGGGCAUCCUUGAUGCGAGCAAACAGCGUCACAACAAGCUGUGGCAUCCAGACGCAGACUGUGAGAUGGCCGAGGGCCAGCAGGUGCCGGCCCAGUGCUGUGGUGAGGAAGAGGGAGACCACCUGACGCCAGAGCCAACCAUGUCUCCCUGCUGUGAAGAUAUGCUGCCCGAUAAAGGUGCAGCGUGCCCCUCCCCUUGCCGAAAAGUGGCACUGGAGAUCGACCCCGCCUACAACAACUAUUAUUUCCGGAGGCUGUCUGACUCUGCGCUGGACAGCGAGCCCUCAACACCUGUACGUGGCCCACCUCUUCUUGGCAUGGAGAAAGUCUUCAUUGAAAUCGAGGAUGUGGAGCGAGACGCUCUGCUGGACGAUGAGCCAUUCGAUGGGCGAGAGGGUCUGGGGCUUCCCCAUUUUGGGUCUACAGCGAAGGGCACCGCAGCCCAGACCUGCAAUCGCGGCCCAGAGCCCCUGGAGGAGCUGCGUCUGCGACUGGAGUUUAGCACAGUGGAGGAAGAGGACGAAGAUGAUGUGCAAAAGGAGGAAGCAGACAUGGAGGUACUGAUGCAGCCAGAUGACGGAGGGGGUGGCGAUAGAGGUGGAGGCGCAGAGGAAACGCAGGAUGUGGAGGUCGAAGGCGAUGUGGACGCCAAUGGCAUGGACCUGGCAACCCUGAAUGAAAAUUCCAACAACAACAACUGUUUUACCUCUCACCAGAACUUUAAUGGAAAAGCUGCCCCUCUUGCAGCUGAUGUGUCUUUAUGUUCACAGAGGGAUUCUAAUUCCAAGCAGAAGGACAUUUCGCCAACCUCUGUUUCAGAUCCUUGCCUUAAGCUCAGUCCUCCUGAAGUCCUAAGUGCUCCAUUUCUGCUACCCCAGACCUCUUCUGAAGACCUCCAGUGUUCAAUGUUGUCCCUGUCCGACUGUGCCAACAGUGCUUCCCUUGGUUCUUCAGCUCUCCCUGAUUUACCGCAGCCGCCAGCGGACUCCCUUCAUGUUUUAGGGGUGCAGGACUGUGGUGAUAUGUUGCAUGUAAACAUAGAGUGUGAAAAUAGGCUGUCUGUAACCUCUUCAGAGGCUCUCCCCGAGCUGCUGGCAAUGGAGUUUCACAGAGAUACACCUGCCAUGGCUUGCUACCUAAACCAGCAGGACACCUUUGUGGAGCUGCAGCGGUCAGGUGUGGUGCGCCGCCACGCAGAGAGAUUGGAGAGACUUUCGGGUUUGACCCAUGAGAGCCUGCAUUCCUUGAAGCCUUUGCACGAAUGUCAAAUGUCCAAGAAGAACUUUCAAAACGAAGAGGAUGAGUUCCCUGGCUUUCCUAGAGACUUGAUGAAAUCCUCUACACCGUGCCAAGUAAGGUUAGAGCCCCUGGUUGUUCCACUCACCAAUGAAGCCUUGUUGGGGGUGGUGGGGUCAGGGAUGCUCACCCCCACCUCCUCGCCUCACGGCACCACCCUGACACGCAGCUCCAGCAGUGACAGUCUACGCAGCGUGAGAGGAAAGCCCGGCCUCGUACGUCAGAGGGCGCAGGAGAUUGAGACACGCAUGCGUCUGGCGGGCCUCACGGUGUCAUCCAGGCUCAAACGGUCCAACUCGCUGGCCAAGUUGGACAGCCUCAAUCUCUCCUCUGAGGACCUGUGCUCUGCCUGUUCUUCAGAUGCAGGAACACUACUGCUUCUCUCGCUGUCCCCGGAGCCAGCUCACAGCAUGGAAUGGGAGUCCCCUGCCACCGCUUCUCAAUUCCGACCCUGCAAGGACCUGCACACUCCAGAGAAAGCUCGAGCAGGGGAGCCCAUAAGCUGACACGCACGGUGGUACUCCAGGUCCCCCUCAUCACCACCAUGUAGCGCUGUAGAGGGUUGUACAGAUUGUGGAAACAAACAAACAAAAAAGAAUAUAUACAAAGCAUUCACUUAUUUGCCAUAUUGUUUGUCAAUCUGCUUUGACAGUGAAAGUCAUAUUGCUGUAUCUGACAAGGAAAGCCAUCAGUUCACCUCUGACUUGGUUGGGAUAAACAAGUGCCUUACGUUUGAGACCAGAGAGGCACAACGUUUUAGGCAGAAGGAUAAGAGGCUAAGAACAACCUUUAAUUCACAGCCCACAGUUCCUGGUAUGUACUGAAAAACGGUACUGGGCCCGUCUGCAUUUCUUUUUUUCUUUUUUUUUUUUUUUUUUUUUUUUAAAAACCAGUCCGGUACAAAGUAGUAGUAUUGUUAAUUGACAAACCUUUUUCCAGUCAGAAAGCGUUGUUGUGAAAGUGUUCAUAAUUGUAGAGUUGUUUACUACACUGUUCUUUGUUUUAGAUGCCAUAGGCCUUCAUGUCGAAUUCAUGGAGAGCCGUUUCUCGUUGAAGUUGAGGUCAAGUUAUGGAAUUGAUGAGUGACGAUGCAUGAGUGAAUGAAAGGAAAAGUGGAGUGAGUUAGGCUUUUUAGUCUUCAACACACAUCAGAAUAAUUUCUGAGUAUGUUGUUCCUUUGCACUUCUUUUUUUAAAUUAUGUAUACUGGUACACAACAAGCUAUCUUCCAAAAUAACAUUAGAGUAAUGUUAUCCACCUCAUCAUUCCCUUCAGUGAACUUUGUGAAAACAGUGAGCAGUCAUGUUGUGUGGACUUGAAAUCUGUCAAAUAUAAUAACGCAGAUCAAGAAAUGCAUAUCAGAAAUGGUCUUUUCUGUUCUAGUUCUGUGAACAUUUUUGACAAGCUAUCAAUGAGAAAAAGUCAUCCUUGAGGAUUGCCAACAUCACAGUCAUUGUUUUUUAAAUGUGAAAAACCAAAGCUCUAUGGCUGUUUCAUCAAAUUGAAGCCGUACAAUAGAGUCAUCAUGUCAAUCAAGUAUUUAAAUGCUCUCACUGCUGUUCAUCAUUUUGCACAUCUGGGAGAAAUGGAAAAAAACUUGAGGGAGUCGUUGGGCUUAUUGCUGUCAGGCUGUUACGCUCAUAUCCACUUUUUAAAACUACGAUCACGAUAGGUUCCGUCAUUUUUGAUAACCAUGAUGAUUUAUUUUUUUUUAAUAUAUACUUAUGCAGUAACUUUUGUACUGUACAUCGCUGUAGUUAAAAUGCAUAUUGCACUUUUUAUGUUAAUGUACUGUAUGUGUUGAUUAUGAAAAUAAACGUUUUUUUAUUGUAAA